AUGACUAUACCGGCGCUCAUGCUCAUGCGCCGCAGAAAAUCAAUCCUCUUCUCGCUGGGUGUGUUCACACUCCUUCUCUACACUUUGUACCUGUGGAAUUCUCCAUCAAAGCCGCUGCCGCCCAUGCCAGGCACCUACCAGUACUUCUCGGAGAUCAACUUCGAAUACCACACACACAGUUUCGGCGCCAUAAGUCACUGUGACCCGAGAUUUGCCCCGCCACAGCCGCCGGGCAUAGAAGAAACGAAAACGGCACUUUUCGCGCUGCUGAAAACUUACGCCGCGACAAUGAGGGAUCUUCGCGCCGAGACUUGGAUCGCGCACGGAACCCUAUUGGGGUGGCACUGGAACCACAAGUUCUUACCUUGGGACAACGACAUUGACGUCCAGAUGUCGAUAGAGACACUGGCGGGCCUGGCUCUCUACAACAUGAGCGAGUAUCGAUAUCUAGUUGCUGGGGAAGACAAGCCGCGGACCUAUCUUCUGGACGUCAACCCCCACUACACCAUAGCGUCGACGCGGGACGUCGCCAACAAAAUCGACGGUCGCUGGAUCGACACCACGAAUGGGAAAUACAUCGACAUCACGGCUGUGCAUGUCAGCCCCGGGGAUGCGGAACAUACCCCAGUUGAUCAGGGCAUUUUCUUCUCCAAAGAUGGGCAUCGAUAUCUGAGGGAGGAUUUGUUUCCGUUGCAAGACACGACUGUUGAAGGCAUCGGCGUGAAAGUGCCGCACAACCCGGCCAAGAUUCUGGCUGAGGAGUACGGGAAGAAGUCUCUCACCAAAACGCGCUUUCACUGGCACCGUUUCAACAAGUCAUCGAGAUUGUGGGAGGCUGAGUAG